CGCCUCCCUUCUCUCCUUUCUUUCGUUUUUAGCGUACGCAGAAGGCGCAGGAGAGCCGCGACAUCCUUCGAUCGGAAAGUCGCGUCGAGCCUCCUGCUCCUCGAUUUUCCGACGACUCCAGCCUCUCUCUCUCGACGACGAAGCUUGGGUCUCCCUUUUUCGCUCCCUCCUUUUUGUUCCGGUUGACGCAGCAAGCUGGCGGAGCUGCGAUCAUGGCUCGCGAUCUGUACAGUCGCGUUAUCUGCUCUCACCUUCAAGUUUCUGACAUUUUCCAGCUGAGCUAGGAUUGCACAGGGGAUUAGGCGCUUUUGAUAAUAACGUCGCCUGAAAGACGCCACGACAAAGACAACUGGACAAUUGGCGGCGAGCAAUAAUUUAUAUUUUUUAUAAUUACUGAUAAUUAAUAAUGUUUUACCUUAGUCUAGUAGAGCACACAUUGCGUUUGCCUCCUUAUCUCCUUAGCCUUCCUCUCGAUGAUGCUAUUAAGAAGGAGCUUGAGAAUAUAUUUUUAGACAAGGUUAUUUCUAACUUGGGACUAUGCAUUUCGAUAUAUGACCUCAGAAACAUUGAAGGUGGCUUUAUCUUCCCAGGAGAUGGUGCAUCAACAUAUACGGUGAAAUUUAGAAUGGUUGUGUUUCGUCCAUUUGUGGGAGAAACAAUUGUUGCGAAACUUAAAGAGUCUAAGGAAGAUGGAUUGCGCUUGUCGCUUGGAUUUUUUGAUGAUAUUCACAUACCAGCCCAUCGUUUGCCAAAGCCAUGUCAUUUUGUGCCUAAUUCAGAGAAGAGGGAUGAGGUUACAUGGAUAUGGGACUAUCCAGGAAAUGAAGAUGCUGUGUUCAGUAUUGAUGGCAUAGACGAGAUUAAGUUUAAAGUUGACAGCGUAAAGUAUCCUCCAGUUCCUCUUGAGCAACAAGAAAAACCAUUUGCCCCUAUGAUGAUUACAGGAGCUAUUGAUGAUGAUGGUUUAGGCCCUGUUUCAUGGUGGUGAUGCCGGAAAAGUUUUGGGAAUUGUAAACUUGACAUGUUCGGUGGAUGGAGCUUUUGAUUCAAUUACUAUAUCACCAGAUAUUUUUUUCAUUGUACACUUUGAGAUUCCCAUUUUUAUUUUGCCUUUGUGCUCGAUUAAAUACUUAGGGUCCGUUUAUUUCUGUAAAAUAACGAUCAGAAAAUUAAGUUAUUUUUUAAGGAAAUUAAGUUAAUGGAAAA